AUGGUUGGUAUAAAGAGAAAGCAACGAAAACGAAAAUAUGAAACAAAUGGAACAAUUAAAACAAAUACGCCAAAUAAAAUCAAAAAUUCAAGUCGUUCAUCGCGUAUUAUAACAAAAAACUUCGAAAUAUUUGUUACUGAUUUUCUUAUGGAUCCAUGUGGUUUGCCUCUUGAGUUAAGAGAUUAUGUUUUAGUAGAUGGAUCAACAACAUUAAAUGAAACAUCAGAUACUUCUUCAACGAAUAAUAGUCAAGUUUUAAAGAAAAUUUUUGGAAAUAAUGAAUCUAUUGAUCGAAUGGCUAAAACUUCGUCUACAUCAGUAGUGGAGGAAUUACCUAAAAAGACAAAUGAUGGUGAACACAGAAUGAAUGUUUAA